CACGGUUAGCCGAUUAUGAGUGUUUAGUUUCUUGUGCUUUCCAUCGGCCAACGCACUGUCCAAAUAAUUGCGAAUGGAAUCAAUCUAAGUACAUUAUGUGUACAUAGGAUUCAAGUGAGACAUGGAACGAUGAAGUAUUUGAGGAUCUUGACCUCUGAAGACUUCCAUUAAUAUUCUGGGUGAUGGACAUAGAUGUGAUUCAACAAAAUACCCUGCAUACUCCUCAAGGAUACUAUUUUGUCAAACCUUCAAAUAUUUUAUUAUUCAUGUAUUUUAAUUUGUGUAACACAAAAUAUGGGAAAUCAUACAGUUAAUGAAGUCACCAACUUUUUUGAACGUGGCAGUGAUGUCGAAGAUGAUAUCAACACUUUAGCAUCUACUAAUACACAUAUUACGGAGAAUAAUCAAUCCGUCUUGGUAUCUUCUACAUCGGACACAUUUUUAGUUCCUCCUUUGCCUCCGCAUAAUCUAGGACAUGAUAAAUCAUUAUCCUCUUCAUCCAUUUCAACACCUAAUGUGGACAAUAUCAACACAAAACGAUAUACUGAUUCUGUGAUGCUUCGAAGUGAUCAUAAAGAGUCUUCUCAGGUAAUCACUUCAGCCAUUGAUGCCCAGGUGAAAUCUAUCAAUGAAAUGUUAUCCUACUUUUCUAAAUUAGUCAAAGCUGAAAAAACUGUUCAACAGGCUCUGUCCGAUUUACUUGAUGAUCAAAUGGGAUCAUCCACUGUUGGCGGUGUUGGUGGUGGUGGCCAGCGUUUGAAUACCACCACUAUGCGUAAUUUAUUUAAAGCAAAUUAUACUCGUGGACGUCGUCGUCGUUUAACCAUGAAUAUCUUGAAUAAAAAUUUAUCUAAUUCAUCUACUGAUAGUGAAUUAAAUAAACUUUUACAAAAUCUUGUCAUUUCAACAAAUCAUCAAGCACGUAUGUAUUCGACACGUGCAUUAUUUCAUAAAUUAAUCACUGCUGGACAAUUAGAUAGUUUAAAUAAUUGUGAACAAUGUUUGAGACGAACUUAUCUAGAAUGUGAAGAAGAAUUGAAAUCACAAGCACGUCAGUAUAUGUUAAGCUUAAAAGCAUAUGAAAAGAAAUAUUUUAAAUAUAUUGGUCAAUUGUCAAAUAUACAAUCAAAAUUAACAAAUUUAUGUGAUAAGCGUUUAAUUAAUAAUCGUAAAGUUAUCGACAGUCUAAUGAAUAAUUUGGAAUAUUCUACUAAAAAAUUGCAUUUAUUACAUAACGAAUAUUGUUUGGCAUUGAUCACUGCCAAUCAUUAUCAACAGUGGCUAUAUACACAUUUACGACCAUGUCUACUUAAAGGUGUUGAACGUACUAUGCAAUUGGCCUCGGAAGUUGUCUGGCAUCUUCUAGUUUUUGGUGGUGAAAAUAUAAAUCAUUUUCAAUCGAAUUGGCUUAAAGAAUUUCAAUCUGAAUUAGAUUUAACAAGCUUAUUAGAACAAAAUGGGUAA